UGCUGCUGCUCCUGGCGCUCAACGCCGCGCUCGCGGCGCCGCACCCCGUCUCGUGGGACGGCACGCCCGAGGCACGCAUCGAGAAGCACGAGGGCGCCGAGGAUGUGGCCGCGCGCCUCGUCAAGGACCUGCCGCAGGAGGUGCAGCAGCAGACGUCCGAGGAUGUCGCCGAGGCGUUGCGCCUCUUCAACCUGCCCUUCGCCGAGGCCGCCGAGGCCGCUGCCGCACUGAACGCGCGCGUGUCCAGCGCCACGUACAUGCACGGCGAGACGCCCGUCGUGGGCGACGCCGUGCUGUGGGCCGGCGUGCGCGGCGCGUCGGUGAUGAACGGCGUGCUGAGCAAGAAGAAGGCCGAGCUCGAGGCGCUCAACCGCUGGGUCGCCGCGCUGAGCGACUCGGUGCAGGCCAAGGCGGCCAACGAGGAGCUCAAGGGCGCCAAGACGGCCAAGGCCCGCGCCAACACGUCCAAGUCGUCGGGCUUCGACGUCUUCCUGCCCGGCGCGCAGAAGGGCCAGGUCGUGACGCGCUUCCCGCCGGAGCCGUCGGGAUAUCUGCACCUCGGCCACACCAAGGCGGCGAUCCUGAACAACUACUUUGCGCGCCAGUACGACGGCAAGCUGCUCAUCCGCUUCGACGACACGAACCCGUCCAAGGAGAAGGUCGAGUUUGAGGACUCGAUCAUCGAGGACCUCGAGCUGCUCGGAAUCAAGGGCGACGCCACGUCGCACACGUCCGACCACUUCGACGAGCUGUACCGCCUCGUGAUCCAGCUCAUCAAGCAGGGCGACGCGUACGCCGACGACACGCUGCAGGAGGAGAUGCGCGCACAACGCAUGGACGGCAUCGCCUCGGCGCGGCGCGAGGCGAGUAUCGAGGAGACGAUGGAGCGCUUCGCCGCCAUGGCCGCCGGCACCGACGAGGGCCGGCGCUGGUGCCUGCGCGCCAAGAUGAGCGUCGACAACCCGAACAAGGCGAUGCGCGACCCCGUCAUCUACCGCUGCAACAUCGACACGCCGCACCACCGCACCGGCACGACGUGGAAGGUGUACCCCACGUAUGACUUCGCCUGCCCCGUCGUCGACGCCCUCGAGGGCAUCACGCACGCGCUGCGUACCAACGAGUACCGCGACCGUAACCCGCAGUACGCCUGGUUCCUCGAGAAGCUGCAGCUGCGCAAGGUCGAGAUCUGGGACUUUGGCCGCCUCAACUUUGUCUACACGCUGCUCUCGAAGCGCAAGCUGCAGUGGUUCGUCGACAACGGCCACGUCAGCGGCUGGGACGACCCGCGCUUCCCGACGGUCCGCGGCGUGCGCCGCCGCGGCAUGACCAUCGAGAACAUGCACCAGUUCAUCCUCGCCACCGGCCCCUCGCAGCAGGUCAUCAACAUGGAGUGGGACAGCAUCUGGGCGGGCAACAAGCGCCUCAUCGACCCCGUCGUGCCGCGCUACACGGCGCUUGAUGAGGCCAAGGUCGUCAAGUGCACAGUCACGGGCGUGCCCGAGGCGCGCGAGGCCGAGGUGCCGCGCCACAAGAAGAACGCCGACCUGGGCAGCAAGAGCAUCACCUUUGGCCCGACGAUCUACCUCGAGCAGGUCGACGCCGCGUCAUUUGACGACAACGAGGAGAUCACGCUCAUGGACUGGGGCAACGCCAUCGUGCGCAAGAAGACGCUCGCCGCCGACGGCUCCAUCGAGGCGCUCGAGCUCGAGGCGAACCUCGACGGCGACUUCCGCGCGACGAAGAAGAAGAUCACCUGGCUCGCCGAGUCGCCGACGCGGCGCUUCGUCGAGGUGACGCUGCUCGACUUUGACUACCUCAUCACGAAGAAGAAGCUCGAGGAGGAGGACAAGUUCGAGGACUACAUCACGCCGCAGUCGCGCUUCGAGGUGGCCGCCUUUGCCGACCCCAACGUGGCCGAGAUUGCCGAGGGCGAGUCGAUCCAGUUCGAGCGCAAGGGCUACUACAUCCUCGACAAGGCGCAGGGCGCCAACGGGCGGCGCGAGUUCAUCCGCAUCCCCGACGGCCGCGCCGCGACGGCCAAGAGCAAGGCCGCCGAGGACGACGGCGGCACCGAGGGCCGCAAGGCUGCCGCCGCCGAGGCACGUGCGGCGGCCAAGAAGGCCAAGGAGGAGAAGAAGGCCAAGGACAAGGCGCUGAACGACGCCAAGAAGGCGAAGAAGGGCAAGGGCGAGGAGGGCCAGGCAAAAGCGGCAGGUGCCGCAAAGGAGGCUGCUCCGGCAAAGGAGGCAGCUUCCGCAAAGGAGACAGCCGCGCCGGCACCCGCCGCCGCCGCAGCUGCAGCACCGGCCGCGGCCGCUGCGCCCUUCGCCGAGGCCGCCGAGGCGUCGGCCACCUCGACGAUGUACCACAUGCGCCCGCACGGCGGCGAUGUCGGCGACGAGGCGACGGCGGGCUCGACGAUGUACACGAUGCGCCGGCUGAUCUGAGCGCGCCGCUAGAAUGAGAUGCGCGAUCAGGAC